AUGAAGUUCGCUCUCGCCCUCUGCGCUGCUGCCGCUGUCUCCGUCUCAGCCGUCCCUAUCGCCGAAGCAGGUCUUGGCAGUGGACUCGGUGGUGCCCUCAGCGGCAUUGGAAAUGGUGCUGGAAAUGGCGUCUCUAGUGUCGGCAAUGGAGCAGGCAACGGUGUUUCUGGAAUUGGACAGGGUGCAGGCUCUGGUGUUUCGGGUGUAGGCCAAGGUGCCGGUUCUGGAGUCUCUGGCGUUGGUCAGGGAGCUGGUUCCGGUGUCUCGAAGCGUGGUAUCGGUAGCGGAGCUGGCUCAGGUGUGUCCGGUAUUGGCCAGGGAGCAGGUUCGGGUGUUUCUGGUGUUGGUCAGGGAGCAGGCUCAGGUGUCUCUGGCAUCGGGCAGGGCACCGGCUCAGGCGUCUCUGGAAUCGGCCAAGGCACAGGAAGCGGUGUUGCAGGCAUCGGCGGCGGUCUAGGCGGUGCCCUCAGCAGACGCACCAAGCGCGGCUUGGGCAGCGGUUUUGGAAGCAGCGUCAAUGGUAUCGGGCAAGGCUCAGGAAGCGGCAUCGGUGGUGUUGGACUUGGAGCCGGUAAUGGAGUUUCUGGAGCUGGCCAAGGUGCUGGAAGUGCAGCUGGCAAUGUUGGUGGUGGUCUCGGUGCUGGCAUCGCUUAG